AUGAGAAAAUUAAGAUGUAAACCAAUGAACACUGCCAUAGAUCCAAAAAAUAAACUUAAUAAUGUAGAGGAAAGUAAACCAAUAGAUGUGCAUACAUAUCAAAGACUUGUAGGUAAAUUAAUUUAUCUCUCUCAUACAUGUCCUGAUAUUUCUUAUGCUGUCAGUACUCUUAGUCAAUUUAUACACUGUUCGAAAGAGAUCUAUUUAUUUCCAAUUGAAAUAGUAUUGUAAUAUUUUAAAGAAAUAACAAGUAAAGGUAUUUUAUUUAAGAAGAACAAUAAUAAACUUGAUGUUGAAGUUUAUAUAAAUACAGAUUAUGCAAGGUGCAUUAUGGACCGAUGCUCUACAUCUGGAUAUUGUACAUUUCUCAAUGAAAUUUUGAUUACUUGGCACAGCAAAAAAUAG